UAUACAUAAAUUUUACCGCUUCAACUCUCAACUGUUACAUAACAGCAACAACACCAACAGACUCCAAUCUUCCUGUAGAGGAUCAAAUACGUCUCCGAUGAAGGCGCAAAACACUUCACCGGUGAAACAUCGUCAUCACAGAAACCGCGAAGUGAUCACUUCGCGGUUUCUUCCCUCUCCUUCAACCUCCUCCAUAGAAUCCACUGAAUUUCAUUCCCCUUCCUCCGUCAUACGAAAAUCAUCCAUUCGGAGUUCAGACGAGGAUAACAGCAACAAUAGAAGACACAGAAUAACCGAAGAGAAAGAUUCUGUUUUACGCCGUCAACUCUGGCCUUCUUCGGCGAAAAAUAACAACUCCGGCACACUUGCUGAUCACAUCACAGAAGACAGAAUCAUAGAACAGAAUGAGAAAAACAAACACAACAACAAUAAAACUAGUCUCAAUCUAUCACAAAAGAGUUAUAGAAGAUUUGAAAAUAAUGAAACUAGAGAAAUCGGUGGUUCUGCAAGAUACACAGGAAAACUCACUUCUCCUUCUUCUUCUUCAAUGAAGAAGCUAAAUACUAAUAAUGGUUCUGUCAUUGUUCCGGGAAGAUUUUCAUUAGAUGAAAAUGCUAAAUUAUUCAAGAGAAACUCAAGCUUAACUAGCUCUGUUGAUACUGAAUCGAACGAUGAGGGUUUGGUUUCUCCGGCAAGAAAGUUAGUAGUGGAAGUUCCUCCAAGGUUGAUGAAUGAUGCAACAUUGAGAAGGGCUAGAAGAGGAACGUCGGAUUCUAAUAUUGGGAAUUUAAGCGGUGAUUCGUUGAAAACAAUGAUGAAGAGGACUAAUUCGAUUACAGGAUAUAAGAGUUCGAAAUCUCAAUGGGCUUUGUCGCCUGGUAGGUCAGACUUUUUGAGCCCUGUGAAGGCGAAAGGAGUUGAAAAACUCCUCAAUUUUGGUUUAGAUUUCUUCAAGAGUAAGAAAUCUCUUGGACUUAAUUCGCCGGUUGGUUUUGGAAACAAUGAAGAUGUUCAUAAGCUUCGUUUGUUUGAUAAUCGUUUGAUUCAAUGGCGAUAUGUAAAUGCUAAAUCACAAGUUGUGAAUGCAAACAUUUCUCACCAGGCUCAGAACAAUUUGAUAUGUGUUUGGGAUGGUCUCACGAAGUUCAGAAAUUCUGUUAUGAAAAAGAAGAUUCAACUUGCCAAAGAAAAGCUUGAAAUGAAGAUAGCUUUCAUAUUGUAUUAUCAAUUGAAGUUAUUGGAAGCUUGGGGAGGCUUGGAAAGGCAGCAUGUAUCAACAAUUACUGCUACCAAAGAGUGUUUGCAUUCUGCUGUGUGCAGAGUUCCUCUUUUGGAAGGUGCAAAGGUAGAUGUACAAUUUACAUCGAUUGCAAUUCGUCUGGCCUCUGAUCUCACUGCUUCCAUUAAGCCAAUAUUAACUUCUUUUUCACCUGCAGUUGACAAGACUGCUGCAAUAGUAUCAGAAUUGGCAAAAGUUGUUGCACAAGAGAAGCAACUCUUAGAAGAGUUUUAUGAGCUCUUACAUACUAUAUCUAUCUUUGAGCUUCAAGAAAGAAGUAUAAAGUGCAACCUGAUUCAAUUUGAAGGCUGGCAAAGGAAAUAUCAAAAAAUGUUGAAAACCAUUCUAGGUUGCUGCAAAGUAUAUAUAUCAGAAAGCAGAAACAAGAGUGCAUUGGAAUCAAUUGAAAAAGCUGCUAAGUUUUUUCCAUUAGCACCAAUAAUUAACAAGUUUGAAGAUGUGACUUACAAUAGAGUUGGUUACACUCUUGUCUCUGAGUUUGUUUCAGUGCCUAAUAAUGAAGAAUCAUGUCAUUUGACAAAUGCUGUGUUGGCUAUGGUGAAAACUGCAUUUGAUACUAUUGAUUUUGAGGUUCAUAGUGGAACUCAUCCUAGACUUGGAGUUGUUGAUCAUAUAUGUUUUCAUCCUUUGGUUGAUGCUUCAUUGGGUGAUGCAGCUAGAACUGCAAGGUAUUUAGCCACUCACAUGGGUUCUAAUCUGCAAGUUCCUACUUUCUUAUACGGAGCAGCACACGAAGAAGGGAUGAAACUUGAUUCAAUCAGAAGAACAUUUGGUUAUUUCAAGCCAAAUUCUAACGAAAACCAAUGGAUUGGUGUGCCAAAAUCAGACACUUUGCCACUGAAACCAUAUAGUGGUCCAUCUCAAGUGACUCCAGCAAAAGGUGUUGUGGUCAUUGGAGCAACCAAUUGGGUUGAUAACUAUAAUGUCCCUCUAUUAUCUUCCGAUAUUAGCGCUGUUCGUAGAAUCGCAAAACGUAUUAGUGGAAGAAAUGGUGGACUCGCUUCGGUACAGGCCAUGGCACUUACACAUGGUGAAGGUAUCAUUGAAGUAGCUUGUAAUUUGUUGGAUCCAAAGAAUGUUGGUGGUGAAAGAGUACAACAAGAAAUUGAGAACCUUGCAAGGGAAGAAGGUAUUUCUGUGGAGAAGGGAUACUACACAGAUUUUUCACAGGAAGAUAUUGUUAAAAGUUACUUCAAGCUGUUUAAAGAGAGAAUUUGAUGUGGAAAAAUUACUUUUUCAUGCCCCGAGAAGGUUUUUGCUAUCUGGUGAAUUUUCAUUCCAAAUGUCAAAUUGGCCUUCCUUACUUUAUAUACAUCGUCAAUGUAAAAAGUUUUUACACUGUCUGAUCAUCAUAUAUAUUUGACUUUUAUCAUAACCACUUCUAAAAUCACAAUUGAUCGUGCCUAGGAGAAUUGCUUGUUUGGCAAUUGAUUUUUGUUUUUUGUGUGUUUAUCAAAGAUGGAAUAGUGCAGUGGUUGGUUUAAGUUUGUAUUGUUCUAGGUUUAAUUUGUGUAAAUUAAAAUAAGCAUAACCAGCUAAGAAGAUCCAAUUCAGUGGAUUAACUCUUUCAAUUCUAUUGGCUUUAUGUGUUGGGUAAGUAAUAAAAAAAUGAGGCAAAAAGUAAGGACA